AUCCCGGCCGCGCCCGUGAUGCCGGCGGCGGCGUGACCCCGCAGCCUUGUCGCGGCGGGGCGGCCCCCGCGGCCCCGGGGCCAUGUUCCAGGGCUUCCCCGGGGACUACGACUCGGGGUCCCGCUGCAGCUCCUCGCCCUCGGCCGAGUCCCAGUACCUGUCGCCGCUCGACUCCUUCGGGAGCCCCGCGGCCGCCGGGGCCGCGCAGGAGUGCGGCGGCCUGGGGGACAUGCCCGGCUCCUUCGUGCCCACGGUGACGGCCAUCACCAGCAGCCAGGACCUGCAGUGGCUGGUGCAGCCCACGCUCAUCGCCUCGGUGGCCCCGGGGGCGCCCAUGGCGCAGCCGCCGCCGCCGCCGCCGCCGCUCGACCCCUACGACCUCCCCGGGCCCAGCUACUCCGCGCCGGGGCUCGGCGCCUUCGCGGGACCCCCGGGCCCGGCGCCCGCCCGGCCGGCCCGAGCGCGGCCCCGCCGCGGCCGCGACGAGACGCUGACACCGGAGGAGGAGGAGAAGCGCCGCGUGCGGCGGGAGAGGAACAAACUGGCGGCGGCCAAAUGCCGGAACCGGCGCCGGGAGCUGACGGACCGGCUGCAGGCGGAGACGGACCAGCUGGAGGAGGAGAAGGCGGAGCUGGAGUCGGAGAUCGCGGAGCUGCGCAAGGAGAAGGAGCGCCUGGAGUUCGUGCUGGUGGCCCACGCGCCCGCCUGCAAAGCCGCCGCCGCCGCCGCCUUCGAGGACAUCGGCGCCGCCGGGGGUCCCCGCGGCCCCGCCGCACCGGAGGUGAGCAGCCCGGGCCAGGCGGGGCCCGCCGCCUUCGUGCCCCCGGCGCCGCUGCAGGGCCCGCAGGGUCCCUUCCCCGGCUGCUGCCUCCCGCCCGGGGUCCCCGCGGGACCCCCUAACGCCACGCCCGCGUUUGUGUUCACCCACCCAGAGGGAGCCACGUGUGGAGCCUCGCACCAGCGGAGCGGCAGCAGCGACCGGUCCUCGGAGUCCCUGAGCUCGCCCUCGCUGCUCGCCCUGUGA